CGACGUUCGCGCGCGAUGCUCGCUUCGCAAGUCUCCACGUUCGCCCGAGGCGAUGCCACGAUUUCCCCGCAAUCCACCGCGCGCGGUCGCACCGUCGUCCGCGCGACGAUCGAGGCGAAGGAGUCGCGCAUCGGGAAGCAGCCGGUGGCGGUGCCGAAGGGGGUGACGUACACCCUGAAGGAUAACCAUCUCGCGGUGAAGGGACCGAAGGGUAGCUUGGAAAUGUCGUUCCCGGACACCAUGGUGUUCACGGAAGAGGGUGACUCGAUCAAGAUUUCUCGCGCGAACGACACCCCGGACGCGCGCAAGGGUCACGGGUUGUACCGCACGCUCGCGAACAACAUGAUGGUGGGCGUGUCUACUGGCUUUGAGAAGAAGCUGAAGUUGUUGGGUGUGGGUUACAAGGCUUCCAUGCAAGGGAAGGACCUUAACUUGGCGUUGGGCUACUCCCACCCGGUGAUUAUGAAGUUGCCGGAGGGGGUCCAGGUGACGUGCCCGUCGAACACCGAGGUUGUCGUGAGCGGCUACGACAAGGUUGAAGUUGGUAACUUUGCGGCGAUCAUUCGCUCUAAGCGUCCGCCGGAGCCUUACAAGGGUAAGGGUAUCAGGUAUGAGAACGAGGUCGUGAUUCAAAAGGAGGGUAAGCGCGGGAAGUAGGCGCGCGCUUCGAUUCGUUUCGGGAAACGGCGCGACGAAUGAUUUUGAUUCUUCAUUCGCCGGCGUCGGAGCCGUGUACUUCUUGAUUCAAACCAACCGACGACGAACGAACACCAUUAGUGAUAUUCUUACAUCGACCGACCGACCGACGAGCAAAAUAAUCAUCGCAUCAUGUAGCUUGUGAUAA